GCAACGGAGGAGGUUUCGUCUUUGCGGCGGCGCUUAGCAGACCUUUGGGGAGAGUCUUGCGCUUCUUUUCACAGAUAUGAGGAGCAGAUCCGUGUGAUUGAGGACACCAAGCUGUCGGUUGAGGCGCAUCUUGCUGCUCGUGAUGAAGAGUUGGAGACAGCAAGGGCGAUGCUGAGGAGACUAGAGACAAGAGCAGCAGAUCUUGAGGUAAAUCUUGCUGCUGCUGCUGCUGCUGCUGCUGAUGCUGAUGCUGGUGCUGAUGCUGCUGGAGCAACUGCAGCAACACCAGCAGUAGUUGCUGCUGCUGCUGCUGCUGCUCCAAUUGUUGCUUUUGUUUUUUCGCUGCUUCGGUUGCGGCUGCUGCUAACCCUGGUGUACGUUCCUGCUGGUGUUGUUGCUGCUGCUGCUGCUGAUGGCGUUGCUGCUGCUGCUGCUGAUGAUGAUGAUGAUGUUGCUAAUGCUGCUGCUGCUGCUGAUGGUGUUGCUUCUGCUGCUGCUUUUGUUGGGUGUGGUGCAGAAGCAGUGUGCUAUCGAAAGAGCGGAGAUGCAGCAGCAGCAGCAGCAGCAGCUGCAGCAGGAAAGGAGACAGCAGGAGAGAGAGCUUGCUGA